AUGGCGUCGCUCCUGUGCUGCGGGCCCAAGGUGGCCGCCUGUGGCAUCGUCCUCAGCGCUUGGGGAGUGAUCAUGUUGAUAAUGCUUGGAAUCUUUUUCAAUGUCCAUUCCGCAGUCCUUAUUGAGGACGUUCCCUUCACGGACAAAGAUUUUGAGAACGGCCCCCAGAACAUAUACCGCCUUUAUGAGCAAGUCAGCUACAACUGUUUCAUCGCCGCGGGCCUUUACCUCCUCCUCGGAGGUUUCUCGUUCUGCCAAGUUCGGCUCAAUAAGCGCAAAGAAUAUAUGGUGCGCUAG